AUGCAUCUCUCCUUUCGCUCGCUCUCCGCCUGUCUCCUGGCGUCGACCGCCGUUGCGUCAGCUACGCCUUCAAAUUUUGAUGUCGCGAAUUUCAAAUCGGCUGACAUUAUCAAACGAGAUGUGGCUGUCAUAGGCGGCGGCUCGGCAGGCACAUACUCCGCCAUCAGUCUGAAGGACAAAGGCAAAUCAGUCAUUCUCGUCGAAAAGAAAGGCAGACUAGGUGGCCACGCUGAGACCUACAUUGAUCCCGCAACCGGCACUCCGGUAGACAUGGGAGUCCUGGUCUUCCAUAACAUCACCGUGGUCAAGGACUAUUUCAAACGAUUUGAUAUCCCCUUGAACAGGGCGGACGAGUUCAUGAGAUCCGAGUUCUACUACGAUUUCCGCACCGGAAGAGCAGUCACUCCAACGUUCACUCCACUGGCAGAGGAGGUGUCCGCAGCCUUCGCAGCCUACCUGGCACAGUACUCUAAAUACCCCGGUCUGAGCAAUGGGACAAUCCUUCCGAGCCCCGUGCCCGAGGAACUGUACAUGCCGUUCGGAAAAUUCGUGGAGAAGUACGGAAUCCAAGCAGCCAUCCCUUCCAUGUACUACUUCAAUCCGGGUGUCGGCGAUAUCUUGUCAAACCCGGUCAUCGAACAAUUCCGAUACUGGUCGUCAGAUAUGGUCGGGUCUGUCGCGACCGGCUUUCUGGGUCCCGUCCGCCGCAACGUCAGCGAACUUUACACCAGAGCCGGAGCAGAGCUGUCUUCCUGCUCCAGCCUUCUCCUUUCCUCAGAGGUGGUUCACGCCCACCGCGCCGAUGGCGAGUCAGGUGUUAUGCUCAUCGUCCGCACCCCAACCGGCCGCAAGCUCAUCCUCGCCAAGAAGCUGCUCAUCGCCUUCCCGCCGAAGCUCGACUUCCUGGCCCCGUUCGAUCUCAGCGCCACCGAGAAAACCCUCUUCAGCAAGUAUAUCGACGCAGGCUACUACGUCGGUCUUGUCAAAAAUUCAGGCUUGCCCAACAACGCCAGCAUCUCCAACGCAGCCCAGGGCCACACCGAAUUCACCUUCCCAUAUCUGCCGGCAGCGUACAGCUUCGCGCCCUCAGCAGUUCCCGGUCUGCAGUUGGUCACCUAUGCCACGGGCCAGACCACCAAGUCUUUGCCUCUGCCCGAUGAGGCCGUGAAGGCGGACAUUAUCAAUACCAUCAAGCGGAUCCAGAAACAGAACCCGGACAAGUUUACCCCAACCGAGCCGGAAUUCGUGACAUUUGCUUCGCAUGCCCCGUAUAACCUGCAGGUGCGUGCGGAGGAUAUCAAGGACGGGUUUUAUGACAAGCUGUAUACGCUGCAGGGCCAAAGAAAUACGCACUGGACUGGAGCUGCGUGGAAGGGGGAGGACAGUAGUUUGCUUUGGAGGUACUCGGAGGAGAUUGUGGUGCCGCAGGUGAUUGAGGGGUUGUGA